AUACACCGUUUUACAGUAAACGAUGAAAACGAAAACGGGGGAUAAUGCUUGAACAACAUGUCUUCUUUCUCUGAGACUAAUUUAGUGAAAAAGUUUACUGAAUUGAAUAAUACCCAACAAAGUAUACAGACUCUUUCUCUAUGGCUCAUUCACCACAAAAAGCAUUCGAAAACUAUUGUUCAAAUUUGGUAUCGGGAGUUGGAGAAAUGUAAGUCCUUCACUUUGUGACUUGUCUCACUUGUGCCUUGUACUGCAAUACAUAAUCAUAAUACAGUCUAGUCUACAGUUGUACUUGUUUAAUUUUGUAUUCGUAAAAUUCUCAAAUCGGUUAGUAGAAAGGGUUGCCUGAUACAAUUCUCAAUUUCUGUUUUAACAACUUGGUAAGUAAGGCCUUAGUUAAACUCCCAUAUAUACUAUACUAUACUAUACUAUGGGCAUGGGGAUCAUUGAAUCAACCACACAGUGAUCAGUAUCACUAUCACACAGUUACAUCAGUUAGGCCUACUUCAGUUACACAGCGUCUGUUAUUCACAAAUUAAGUCUAAUUGAGUUUUCCCGGGAAAAUUAUUGAUAAGAUAAAAUUUUAUUGAUCCAAAUAAAAAAUUGAAAUAUUUUUUUAUGAAAUUUUACAUAUUUAUUAACAUAUUCAUCUCUAGUCUAUGCACUCCUGUAAAGUUAUCGCAUGUCGUUCUGGCACUUCAACAAGAAAACAGUUCCAACUCUCGCUUUCUCCAUCCCUGUGGCGCUACAGCUCAAGUAGGGCUUAGGCAUGUCUCACCACUUCCUUCCAUUUUGACCUAUCUGAUUGCUUUCUUUGAUACCAAAAACCAAUUGGCCAUCUCUUCACUGUCAAUGUUGGUAUUUUCGGUAAAAUAGCACUUCAGACCCAAAAAAAAUGAUUUUUGAAUGGCCAACGAUGAAGUGGUAGAUAAAUAACAUGAUUAUUAUCAUUCUUCAUGGCUUGCCAUUUGGAAAACUAAGACUAAGUAAGCUAAGUAAAUGUUAAUUUAAAUGCAGUGCCAGACUUAUAUUAACUCAUAAUACUGGUAGUAGUUUAAAAAAGCUAACGAAUUCUGGCCUUUGUGAAAAUCAAGCUUGCAUGAUAAGAUCUCAGGCUGAAAAUUGUGUCAUCCCCUUGCAACCAAUUAAUUUCUUUUUAAUCAUAUUCUGUUGUUUUUUUGUACUUUACAUUAGUAUUAGUAUUGUUUUUCAAAGCCAUUGUAGUGUUUUGAGCUAGAUAAUUCUAAAGGAUAACCAAGUGAUAGAUAACAUUUUUAUAGGUCUCAACAUGAUUAAAUCUUUUUUCUAAUGCAAAUUCUAAAACUUAUAAACUCACAAAAGUUACUAAACUUUUUUGAUUUAACUAUUCAUCAUUCUUAUGGCUUUAAGUAGACUGAAUUUGUAAAAUUAUUUAUCACAAUUUCUACAGCCAAACCGAGCAAACGCUUGACAUUUGUCUACCUCGCUAAUGAUGUGAUACAAAACAGCAAAAAGAAAGGCCCAGAGUUUAGCAAAGAUUUCGCUCACAUUCUUCCAGAUGCUUUCACUCAAGCUGCCAAGUAAGUAGGCUAUGUAAGUAGGCUAUGUGAGUGGGCAAAGAAAGUAGGCUAAGUGAGUGGGCAAAGUAAGUAGGCUAAGUAAGGCUUUGUAAGUAAGCUAAGUAAGCUGGCUUAGAAAGUAGGCUAUAUAAGUAAGCUAAGUAAUAGACUAAGUGAGUGGGAAAAGUAAGUUGGCCAAGAAAGUAGGCCAUGCAAGUAGGCUACGUAAAUCAGCAAAGUUAGUACUUAACUGAGUGCACUAAGUAAGUAGGCUUUGUAAGUAGGUUAAGUAAGUAUGCCAUUUAAGUAGGCUAUGUAAAUAAGCUAAGUUAGUAUCUAAGUGAGUGGGCUAAGAAAGUAUGCUAUGUUAGUAGGCUAAGUAAGUAGGCUAUGCCCUUGGUCUGGUAAAAGAAAACUCAGUUUUUAUAAUGCUACUUUGUUUCUACUCUGAGACAGAGAGAGAGAGGGACAUUGUGUUCUGAGAACAAUUCAGUUUUUAAUUACAAAUAAUUUGUUUUUUCUUGUUUUGCAUUUGCUGAAGAAGGGAUUUAGGAGAGAGUCCUUUUAAUUGUUCUUCCUUUUUUUCAAGACUAAACAAAUUUUUUUCCACUAUUUAUUUACUUUAUUUAUUUACUCCACACUGCUUGAACCCAUAGCUUGUAAAAAUAGAAUUUAUAUUCUUUUUAAUAUUAAAAUGAAAUAAGUUUCAGUUCCUUUAGAUACUUCUAACAUAAGCAAUAAGGCACUUAAUCCGAAUAGUGAAUCACAACAAUCAGCUGUUCUCACAUUGUUGUGUGGCUGAGUACCUGAGGUUAAAGAGCGUGCAUUGAGAAACUUAAGUUUUUAUUUGGUGUAAUAUCAUAAAAGAUAACUAAAAUUUCCAUAUUACUUAAGUUUCCUUUCAUUAAUAUAGAAAAGGGUUAGUGGGUUGGAAUAAGCUAUGUAUUGUGUGAUUAUGCUAGCCAUUUUGAAAUUAGGAAACAAAGAGUACAGGAGAUUUCCAAAACUGACUUAACUAUGCUUCAUAUUAUACAUUUCUUGCCUGUGUCAGAUACAAAUAUCUUAACGUAAGUUAGUUCUUCCAUCUUUUACUUUCAUUUGGAACUCAGGGGCAUUAACAGUGGAGUUGGCAUUAAUUGUGUGCUCCACUCCUGAUACUGUUUCUCGAACUUCUAUUCCAGCGUUUCUCAAAUGCCUGCAAACGCCAUUCUAUUCCAUUUUUUGCAGGGAACAUUUUAUAAUUAUAUCUUUUAAAAGUUAAAAGCCUUCUGUUGAUAUAAUUGUCAAAUUUGCUGUGACAUAUUUCAGCCUAGUGGAGUGAUGGUUCAAAUUGACAAAUAAAUAUUCAGUUACAGAGUUUGAAUUUGCUCAUGCAUUUAAAUGCAUUGGCUUAUCUCUCACCUCUUCCUUCCACUCAGACCUAACUAAUGUCUUUCUUUUCCAUGCUUGGACUUUCAGCUGCUGUAGAUCUUUUUCAACGUCAUCUAUCCACCUAAGCCUAGGUCUGCCUCUAAUGUAUAACAACUCAUCUAAAUUUUACCUUCUUUAUGUGAUCUUUAUGAAUGUAAAUUUUCUGGGAAAAAAAACAGUCUAGGUAAAUAACAAAAUAGCACAUUGCCUGAAGUUGUCAUCAUUAUAUUUUUUUUUCUCACUGCCGAGUAUUUGACUACAAAAGGAUCUCUAGCCAGAUUUUUCUACCUUCCAGCAUCCUUUAUGGACACUAUAAUUUUUCAUGCUCUAAGGGUGCUUGAGACAUGAGCAAACUGUUGCAACCCUUUUUUUAAAUCAUCUUUUCUAUUAUUAUACGAAUAUGUAAAUAAAAGUUUCAUAUAAAUUUUCAGAGAGGCUGAUGAUAAAAUGAAAGCUUCUCUGGUGCGAGUCAUUAAUAUUUGGAAGGACCGUGGUGUCUAUGACAAGUCUUUUAUAAAAAGAUUAAAAACAUGUGCAGGAUUUGGUAAGUGUCUGUGUCAUGAUUUGUUUUUACCAAUGUCACCCAACCAGUUCAGCUAAUGCUUUUGUCUCAUAUGCUUACGGUUGGGCCUUAAUUAUCAUAAUCUUUAUGUUGAGACCAACUAGAAAGUGCUCUCUAAGAUUAUUACCUGAUGUUUUGAAAACAAAAGGUUUCAGGUAUUUAUGAAUUAUUUAUCAGCUGUGUAUGUAAGCGAUGUCAUAUCAGUCUAACUAUUGCAGUACCUACAGGCCCAUCACCGUCUACUCCAGCCUCUCAACCAAGUUCCAAGUUGCCAGCUAAACCCACAAAACAAGAACCACCAGCCAAACUUGGUAAGUUUGAUAUUUUUUCUUGCACAAUCAUUAUCAACUAUUAACAAACAAAGCAGAUAGAGACUUAAAAUUUGUUUUAUUUAGCCAAAUUAUAAGCAUUCACAAAUUCAAUUAAGUGCAUUAAAUCUGAGAUUUUAUGUAGUUUAGAUAUAGGCAUUAUUAUUUGCCAAUAUGUAAAAAUACAUUCAAGAUUGCAUUAUCACAAUAUUAUGUACUAUAGAAAUAAGUUCACCAGUGAUUAAAUCUGAAAUUGGGGUUUGUGUUUAUAUUAGAUCUGAAUCUUUAUGACUUGCUUUUUAUUUACCUGUUGUAACUCUGAUCUGUCAUUUACAUAAUUGAUGUGUGUGAAUAAUACAAAGAUGUUAAUUAUAAACUGUAGUUGAGGAGGGCAUUGUCAAAAUUUAUCAUCUUGUUCACAGAGCCCAAGAAAGCGAAGAAAAAUGAGCCGGAGUUUUCUCUAAGGCAAGAAGUAGAAGCCAUGGGUGUCAAGCUUCCAGAAAAUGUCGAUGUAAGAGGACUUGUAUGGUGUGCCUACCUACCCUUAAUUUAAUUUUUUUUAAAAGCUAUUCAUGUAAUCACAAUGCUCAGACUGCCGUGAAUAAUAUAAAGCCACUGCAAUGGUGUUGCUGAUAUUAGGUAUUGAAUCUUUAUUAACCCUUUACUGUCCAAACAAAUGAUGUAAGUUAUCUACAGGUAAAUGGCCUACCUUUUAAAUGUACAAUGCUGUUUGACUCAUUGAUACUUAAUAUUUUAACAUUAUUUCAUAAAGUAUUCUCAAAUAAACCAGCCAAGAAGUUAGCAAUAUGUACCAUACAGCUAAAGUUAACAAUGCUAAAAGGCUUAUAAUCAUACAAGGCGGUAAGCUUAAAAAUAAUGCAUGGCACAUCAAUGAAGGUUAAAAUAAUUAUAUCAUGCAUUGACAGGCUAUGCUUUUACAAGCAUUUUCCCCCUUUUUUGUUGUUGUAAUUUUGUUAAAGAUAUAAAUACAAUUUAUAAAAUAUUUAAUAACCACUAAAGAAGACUUGCUACCAUUUAUCUUUUAAAGGAAAAGCCUUGUAUAUGCUAUUAUUCACAUUUAAAAUCUACAAAAGCUCAAAAUUUUUUAUCAUUUAAUGCCAGGCUGAAGAUCUGGUACAGCGAUUGUCCGACCUGGAGAACUCGGCUUCAUGCGAUGCUUCUGUUAGAGAAAGGAUCGCUGCAUUGCCUCCAGAAGUAUCUGACAUCAGUCAUCUAGACAAGAUACAGGGUAGGCUUUAAGCGAUACUUGUAGAUUAUAUCCAUGGAGUGGAAGGAUUUAAAUACACAUUCUUUUUUUUUUUUUGAUAAACUGUCAUUUUAACAUGAAGGGAAAAAUACAGACUUUGAGAGCCAGUAGUGAACUGCACAAAAUAUAUACAAGAGGCUUAUCACUUAAAUUCUGUGUGGCGAGUUAGCAAAAAAAAAAAGUAACUUUAAAGCAAUCUUAGGAAAGAAUAUAUAUUCAGAGAUGUUCAGUUUCAAGGGAGCUCAUCUCUAUUUGUCUAUUUCUCAGACCGUGAAUCUGCUGACAGAUUAUCCGAGAAGGUAGAUGAAGCUGCUCUUCUGUUAAACGAGUACAACCGCCGGCUGGUCGCCGAGCUAGAAGAAAGAAAGAAAGUGGCUCGAAUGCUGAGGUCAUUUAUACUGUCACAACAAAAGCAGGUGAAAGAAACAGAGAGGAGCUUACAGGUAACAUAUCAAAUACGAUUUACCAAAAAAUGACAAAGUUUCCAGCAUUUUUGUUCUGCUUACGGCAUAUUUUUGUAUUACUUGUAGAUAAGUAAACAGAUCAUUCUCAGCUAAUCUGAAAUUUUACCUUUUUUUUCCUAUGACGUUUAGCUUAAGAUUUCAAUUUGAUUAACGCUUCAGAGAGAUAGAUUUGGGUGGAAAAUAAAUGUUUUGAAAUUAGAUGGUGAUCAGCUGUGGCAUCUUAUUUAAUUCUAGUGCUGUGGUCCUUGCUGGAGUGUAGUGUUUCUUGCUGGAGUGUAGUGUUCCUUGCUGGAGUGCAGUCAUUUUUUUCUCAGAUUUUUAAAUUUGCUUUAAAAAAAUGUAUCAAGCUAUUCAUUUUUCAAAAGUUUAUUAUCAUGACUAUAUCAUCUUUAUGUGACAGUAUUCACCUGCUUAUCAUGACUAUAUCAUCUUUAUGUGACAGUAUUCACCUGCUUAUCAUGACUAUAUCAUCUUUAUGUGACAGUAUUCACCUGCUUAUCAUGACUAUAUCAUCUUUAUGUGACAGUAUUCACCUGCCUCUAAUAUAGUGGUCCAACAAGAUUUUUAGAAAAUUACAUUUUACCUCAAUUUAAUAAAAAAAAUUACAAAAUAUGUAUCUCUACAGUAAGCAAUGCAAAACUACUCUUUUUAUUUUAUUGAUCCAUACCCAAAUUUGCUUGAAAUGUUUUACAUUUCUUAAAAUCCUCAUUCUCUUGUCACAAUUAUUGACACACUUAUAUGACAUUUACAUACCCUUUAGCUCAGGUGUGGGCAACCUAUGGCAGGCGUGCCACUUUCACUGGCACGAGGAAGGCCAAAAAAUGAUUAUAAAUGAAUUUAAAAAAUGCUCCUUAAAUGAUGGACGUGUGCUGUUGGCAUGCUGGAUGAAGUCUUACUUUGGCACGCUAAUACCAAAUGGUUGUCCACCCCUGCUUAAGCCAGUGUCACAUAAAAGCACCCUUCCCAGCUUUCAGUCUGUCCUUUGUUCAGUGGUGGAUUUGAAAGUGUGGAUGGUCAAGAACAUCUGACUUUGUGUAAUGUGUCUACUGCCUAUCUUGUGCUUUCCACCUUAAUUUACAUCUUCAUCCACGAGAGAAUAAACGGCAGACAUUUAUUCCAGUGACAUUUUCUAUCAUCUCCUAUUCAAUUACCCCCAUCACCCCAACUACUUCAUGAAUCAUUAAGUCUUAACCCAUGUGCACACUGAACUAUCUCUUGCCCUACCCUAUUACAUAGAGGCUGCGUCGACAGCAGCGCCAUCGCCACCACUGAUGUAUUCAAUCGUCUGAAUCUACAGGACUUUAAAGACAAGCUCUACAAAGUGACCAGUGUUCGGCAGGAACUAUUGUCUCACAUCCAGAACCUCCCUGACCUCACCUUGCUUCCUGAUGUGACUGGUGGCCUGGCUCCUCUACCAUCUGCUGGAGAUCUUUUCUCCUUGCAAAAUUUGUGAGACUCGCACAUUGUUAGAUUUCAAAUGUCCUGUUCAUGACCUGUACAUUGUUAGAUUUUAUUUUUUCUGUUGAUGACUUCAUUGUUGCGUAAGAGAAAAAAUUGUGGUGUUUCCUAAUGAAUGGUUGAUUUAUAUUUGUAUUGAUGUAACUCUUGGGGUUACAUGAGGAAUUGAUCAUUGUAACCAUUGGGUAAGUGUAAAUGAUCAUGGUAAUGCUUGGAUCACAUGAGUUCUUUGAUAAUUGUAACUCACAAGUGAAUGAAAAUGAAUAGUCAAUUGCAAUUUUUAAAUGUGUGAAAACCAAUGUAAUUACUGUCAUUAUUUUGUAAAAUCUGUUAUAGUUAAUGCUAAGUACCGUAUUUUACAGACUAUAAGAUGCUACGAACUAUAAGACGCACAUUAAUUAUUAAGCAAUUUUUAAAAAAAAUAACAUAUAUAUAUAUUAUAUUAAUUUCGAGUAUAAGACGCACAUGAAUUUUGGAGGCAAUUUUUCGAAGAAAAAUGUGUCUUAUAGUCCGUAAAAUACGGUAAUAGUGUCCAGUGUACUUUGCUGUUUAAACUCUUCUAUUAAACCAAUGACGGCUAAUAAUAAUCAUUUCUCAGUUUUGGUGCUGUGGAGAAACGCUUGUUAUAAAUUUGCCAGAUUAAUUGAGUUUUUUUAAAUCAAAAAUUACUCAGAUUAUAUUUGGAUGUUAUAACUUUCUUUUCUGUAACUUGCAUGAUCAUUUUUAAAAAAUCACAUCACUGAGCUGAAAACAUGUUAGUCUCAAUGUUACUCUUUGACACUGACAUUUUUUGGCUCCAAGCAUUUUCAUCCACUUGAUUAGUGACUCAUUCUUGUAAAACAUGUGUGCAAAUAGUUUCUAAUUUGUUUCAAUUUGAUGCUUUCAAUGCACUGAUCUAAAAUAUUGUUUUGGGUGCAUUAAAAAAGGUACAGAAUAAGAAAUUAAUCUGGUACUCUUGUCAAAAAAAUUACAUACAAGGGGAACAACUUUCAGUGUGCUGCUAAAAGCUGGACUGAAGAAUUCUAAUUGGUUAAAUUAUCAGCUAGAGCAUUCUGAACUCAAUGAAAGCCAUCAGGCAUCAAUGUUUUGAAAAAACAAAAAUCUUUUCAAAUAAUGCUCCCCUGACUGCAAUAAUAAAACUGUAGAUCUUUUCAAUGUUUUAAUUUUAUUCACACAAUGUUACUAAAAAAAUAUUUAAAAAACAAAUGCCAAACUCUUAUAAUCAAAGAUUGUUUUAUGGACCAUGUUGACAACAAGUAUGAUUAUUAAUAGACAGUCUGUCAUAAGUUAUUUUAAUCGAGUCUGAUAACAUGUCACAGCGCCACUUCAGGCAACUAUUUAUUUAUUUUUUAGAAAUUUGUGUUGGUCAGGACAAAUUUUCCCAAAUGAUUUUUUUAAACGUUUUUAUUUUUCUUUGAUUUCAAUUUUUGUCUUGGGUUGAAGUUUUGGUGGAUUUUUUGGGGGGGGUUUUCACACCUAUAAAAACAAGUAACAUCUUUGUAAUUUCUCUGUCAAAUGUAUUGAUGAGAUCAUUUUAAUGGACAAGAUUAAAAGUUGUCAAUGAAUGGAAAGUUUAUUUCAGAGAUGUUCAUUGUUUGAUAGUCUGGCUGUUUGUGAAGGAUGAAUGGGGCUUCUCGUGGAAAAAGGUUUCAGUUGAUAUAGUCGCACGUUUUAGGGUACAAUUGCCUUGCUUAAAAAUAUUAAAAUUGCGCAAUAAUUUAUUUUAAAACUUGUUUUCCAAAGAGGCACAAUUUUUACAGGGCCUUUUUAAAAACUUUUGCUUGUUGGAUUUAAAAAAAAUGUUUCCCUUUGUAACAAGAAGAUGAAAAACACAUUUUUAAACAUUUAAAAUUAAACGAUUGUAUCGGAACAGAUUGUGGUUCUACAUUCAUAAAUUUGAAGCAUGUUGGGUGAAAAUUUAUGAUCUUUUUUUUUUUUUUUACAGGGCUCAUAAAAUCAUACUUGGAGCCUGUUAAAUGAAAUUACAAACUAGUGAAUCAAAAUUAAUUUGAUCUCACCUCAAGUUGCAAAUAGCCUCAGUAUUAAAUGGAAAGUUGGCCAAGAGAUGAACCACCAAUGUGGGCUCAUGAGGAAACCAGGGGGGGUUUUGAGUUUGUUUGGGGGGGAAAGAAGCUGAUGCAGAUAAUAAUUAAUUCAAAACUGCUGAAGCGCACGAUGAAAGAUAAAACUUGUUGUGCGGCUGCUUUGGCUGUUAGCUACAGUUUCUAACUGCGUGCUUGUACAACAAAUUGUUGGUGAUUAGGUUGGAUGUUUUUUGAAUGAGAAAUAAGGAUUUGUGACUUGAUUAGAUUUUGUCAUAUUUACUGGAACCCAAUUACAUUUUGUCACUGCUCCCAUCAUGCAAGUGUUUGGGUUUAGUUUCAUUUCAUUGAUAAGUU